AUGGCUCCGAGCGCGCAGGCGGGGGGCGGCCGCGGGCAGGCCCCGGGCCCGGGGCUCCGGCAGGGCAUCCGCGCCGUCCUGCUGGGGCCGCCCGGCGCCGGCAAGGGCACGCAGGCUCCGAAGCUGGCCGAGACCUACUGCGUCUGCCACCUGGCAACCGGGGACAUGCUGCGGGCCAUGGUGGCCUCGGGGUCCGAGCUGGGCAAGCGGCUCAAAGAGACGAUGGAUGCGGGGAAGCUGGUGAGUGACGAGAUGGUGGUGGAGCUGAUUGAGAACAACCUCGACUCCCCUCCCUGCAAGAACGGCUUCCUCCUGGACGGCUUCCCACGCACAGUGAAGCAGGCCGAAAUGCUGGAUGAGCUCCUGGAGAAGAGGAAAGAGAAGCUGGACUCUGUCAUCGAAUUCAGCAUCCCUGACUCCUUGCUCAUUCGGAGAAUCACUGGACGGCUGAUUCACCCAGCGAGUGGCCGCUCUUAUCACGAGGAGUUCAGACCCCCGAAAGAGCACAUGAAGGACGAUGUCACUGGAGAGCCCCUGAUCCGCCGUUCGGACGAUAACGAAACAGCCUUGAAAACCCGCCUGAAGGCCUAUCACACGCAGACCUCUCCCCUGGUCUCCUACUACAGCAAGCGAGGGAUCCAUACGGCGGUGGAUGCCUCCCAGUCUCCCGACGUGGUGUUUGCUAGCAUCCUGGCAGCCUUCUCGAGAGCAACAUUUGCUUCCUGUCAACGAGGACCAAAAUGAACAAAUGACUCAUCAUUUCUGAAAUGGAAGGGAAACAAAGAUGCCAUGGUCUUUUCCUGGAAGUUUUGUUUUUCUCGUUCUGCUGCAUUCCUAAACCCCGGCAUAGAGACUUCUCGAGGUUUUUCUGCUGCUGAACAGAGGGGCUGCGGCUCUAGUCCAAGCCUGCCUUACUUGGCAAUGGGGUGGCUUUUCUGUGAUCUAGACUAAGCUGGAAUUCACGCAAUUCUGAAGAAAUGCAAAAGAGACUUUCUUAAUUGACUGCAAAAAUAACAAUGGGUUUUUUUGCAUUUCAUUUUAGAUCAAAUGGUGCCUUGUCUAACCUCUGAAUCAAUAAUAAAAUAACCCCUUUACAUUU